GUCCCUUGCAGGCUUCCAUAGUCACAGGAAGCGGUUCCGUUGUCUUCUUCAGAUCGUUCACCAGUGUCAUCGUAGGCUAAUUUAUUAAGUAAAUUAAGAAGGUUUGCACAGGAGGUAAUGGGUGACAUUCGUCAGUCGUUGCUGCCUCGGGAUGUGCUGAGUGCAGCCAAGGAGCUGCUGUACCACCUGGACAUCUACAUCUGUAACCUGGUGCAGUCCGGGAGGCAGCCUCCUCAGGUCGACUCCAAAACCCUGGAGCUGGUCGAGGAGUUCAUUCUGCAUGCACCCAAGGACAGAAACACCCCUGGCAGGAGGAUGACUGCUCUCCAGGAGCUCCAGCUGUUGGAGAUCAUGUGCAGCUGUUUUCAGGAGCAGAGUCGUGACACUGUCCGUCAGCUUAUGUUCUCCGCCCUCUUCAGUCUCCAAGGCAACCAGGCAGACGAAAGCCGCAUGGCACUGUUGGGCAAGUUGGUCUCAAUGGCAAUCGCUGUGGGCAGGAUUCCUAUCUUGGAAUGCGCUGCAACCUGGCUACAGAGAACCCACCGUGUGUACUGCGUACGUCUGGCGCAGGUGCUGGUCGACGACUACUGUAGUAUGGUGCCAGGCUCAGUACCCACCCUUCAGAACAUCCACAGCACCAGCCCACGCUUCUGCUGCCAGUUCAUCACUGCUGUCACCACCCUCUAUGACCUCACUUCAGAGGAGCUCACCCCUCCAUUAGAACUCCUCCAGAUGAUUGUGUCGUGGAUCCAAGAUGACCCUCGUCUGGUCCUAAUCACCUUCCUGAAUACACCCCUCACUGGCAGCCAGCCGAUCAGCUCACUUGAUGUCACACCAUUGGGGGGGUUGGUGCGUUGGUGCGUCAAAGCACCGCUGGCCUACAGGAGGGACAAGAAGCAGGCACUGACCAAUGGCAGCACUGAGAAUGAGCCAGAGGCGGGGCCUAUUUUCUCUGCACUUCAUCUAAGUGUUUUACAGGUCUUCAUGCUCCUGCCAAAUAUACUAAAUGAGAAGGGGCUUUUCGGUCGCCUGGCGCUGCUCCAGAUGGAGUCCUUGGCUGCACUGACCUCGGACCUUUCCAGACUGUUGGACCAGGCUGACAAAAAUUCACACACAUCAUCCGCAGACACACAGGCAUUGUCCCAGCUGACCCUGGACCGGCUGGCGCAGGCCCUGCAGGUGGCCAUGGCCAAUGGAGCCCUGCUCUGCUCGAGAGAGGAUCUGAGAGCCAUCUGUUCCCGCCUCCCCCACAACAAUUUACUCCAGUUGGUGUUGUCAGGCCCAGUGAUGUACUACAACAACAUCCACACCCCUCCACUGGCCUUCAGCCCACACGCAGCUCAUUCGCCCAUCGCCUCACACCCCGCACACAACCCACACACACCUCUCGCCGCCCACUCCUCCGCUCACCCUCAGUACACCGGUCAGCCUUUCAUGACGGGGAUGCCAUUUCCCUUCCGACCCAGCCACUAAAAGAAAUAAUGUCCAGCUUGGUUGCAGAUGUGAAAGUGUGUGUGUAUGUAUGUGUAUGUAGAUAUUGAGUAAUGAGUUUUUUGUCUGUUUGUUGACAUGCAUUAAUUAAUGUAUGUAUGAGAGUUAUGUAUUAUGACAUUAUUAAGCACAUUUGCAUCUGAGAAAGCCUGUGAGGCUAAUGAGUUUCUUUAAUAAAUAUUUUUUUACUUCA